UUUUUUCUAAUAUUUUUUUUUAAUAAUAACGUUAUAUACACACUCAUAACUCCAUACACGCUUCAUUCACAUUAUAGGCUUGUCCGUGUGUCUGUCUAGGAUGAGUUUAUCUAUGCCAGUCACGGAACUUCAAACUCCCCUUCUUUGUUACAUACUAUACAGACAAGUUUGCAGAAAUGGGGAAGUACAAAAGGCUCCCAGAAAAUUACUUCAAGCUCACUAACCCUGUGGUGAUCUCCUUUGUGUGUGUUGGGUUGUACUUGUUGCUGAUGGCAUGGCUGGACCCUGAAAACAUAUCUCCUACCUUCUUUGGCCGUGUUGCUGACCUUGCCACAUGGCUGGGACUGGAGUACAACAAUGCUGUCAAGCAAAUAUUUCUUUCUACAGUGGCGAUUCAUGUAGGCGAGACGAUUGCAUCAGUAUAUUAUUGCCAGAAGCUGAAAUUGAACUCUACUGUAACGCUUGCCUGGAUGGUGCAGACACUCUUCCUUGGUAUGUUCUCUCUAUGGUACCUCAUCUGGCCUAAGAGAGAAAUUAAAGAAGUUCCUAAAUCUAAAGAAACUGAUUGAAAAGACAUACAGCACCUGUAAACUGGUGUUUGCUAAAAUGGCACAAUAAUGAUUUUAGAUGAAUGAUAUCUAUUAUUGAUGUGAUGUUUGGUGUGUGGUUCAGUAAGAUAAUGGCAGGAGAGAAUUUUGGUCAUUCAGAUUGGGAUUUUAGCUCCUAAGUUUUUUUUUUUUUUUUAUGGAGAAAUAUGUGUUUUACAAUAAACACAUAAACUUUUAACUACCUAGCUAUUCAUGAAUUGGUGGAAUUACUCAGUAUUUGAAAAAAAUUAAUAAUUAAAUAAAGAAGAUUUUACAUAAUAAA